AGCGCAGCGGCGCCGGCUCCAGGAGCGCCGCGGAGCCCCUGCGUGCGGCCGCGCCGGCGAUGCGGGGCCGCCUCGCGCCCGCCCUAGUCCCGGCCCCGGCCCCGGCCCCGGCCCCCGCGGGAAGGGGCUGAGCCGCCCGCCGCCGCCCGGAUGGCGAGCCUCGCCGCGCUUGCCCUCAGCCUGCUCCUGCGGCUGCAGCUGCCGCCGCUGCCCGGCGCCCGCGCACAGAGCGCCGCAGGCGGCUGUUCCUUUGAUGAGCACUACAGCAACUGUGGUUAUAGCGUGGCCCUGGGGACCAAUGGAUUUACAUGGGAGCAGAUUAACACGUGGGAGAAACCAAUGCUGGACCCAGCGGUGCCCACAGGCUCCUUCAUGAUGGUGAACAGCUCUGGGAGGGCCUCUGGCCAGAAGGCCCACCUUCUCCUGCCGACCCUGAAGGAGAAUGACACCCACUGUAUCGAUUUCCAUUACUACUUCUCCAGCCGCGACAGGUCCAGCCCGGGAGCCUUGAAUGUCUAUGUGAAGGUGAACGGCGGGCCACAGGGGAACCCUGUCUGGAACGUGUCUGGGGUCGUCACCGAGGGCUGGGUGAAGGCAGAGCUUGCCAUCAGCACCUUCUGGCCACAUUUCUACCAGGUGAUAUUUGAAUCCGUCUCUCUGAAGGGUCAUCCGGGGUACAUCGCGGUGGAUGAGAUCCGAGUCCUUGCGCAUCCAUGCAGAAAAGCACCUCACUUUCUGCGGCUCCAAAAUGUCGAGGUGAACGUGGGGCAGAAUGCCACGUUUCAGUGCAUCGCUGGUGGGAAGUGGUCUCAGCAUGACAAGCUUUGGCUCCAGCAGUGGAACGGCAGGGACACGGCCCUCAUGGUCACCCGCGUGGUCAACCACCGACGCUUUUCAGCCACGGUCAGCGUGGCCGACACUGCCCAGCGGAGUGUGAGCAAAUACCGCUGUGUGAUCCGUUCCGACGGCGGCUCUGGCGUGUCCAACUACGCGGAGCUCAUCGUGAAAGAGCCUCCCACACCCAUCGCCCCCCCAGAGCUGCUGGCUGUCGGGGCCACAUACCUGUGGAUCAAGCCAAAUGCCAAUUCUAUCAUCGGCGAUGGCCCCAUCAUCCUGAAGGAGGUAGAAUAUCGCACCACCACGGGCACCUGGGCCGAGACUCACAUAGUGGACUCUCCCAACUAUAAGUUGUGGCAUCUGGACCCUGACGUGGAGUACGAGAUCCGGGUGCUACUCACACGACCAGGGGAGGGAGGCACAGGACCACCAGGGCCUCCCCUCACCACCAGAACCAAGUGUGCAGACCCUGUGCACGGCCCGCAGAACGUGGAAAUUGUGGACAUCCGGGCGCGGCAGCUGACCCUGCAGUGGGAACCGUUCGGCUACGCGGUGACCCGCUGCCACAGCUACAACCUCACUGUGCAGUACCAGUACGUGUUCAACCAGCAGCAGUACGAGGCCGAAGAGGUCAUUCAGACCUCUUCCCACUACACCUUGCGGGGCCUGCGCCCCUUCAUGACCAUCCGGCUGCGGCUGCUGCUGUCCAACCCCGAGGGCCGGAUGGAGAGCGAGGAGCUGGUGGUGCAGACAGAGGAGGACGUUCCAGGAGCUGUUCCCCUAGAAUCCAUCCAAGGAGGGCCCUUUGAGGAGAAGAUCUAUAUCCAGUGGAAGCCUCCCAACGAAACUAAUGGGGUCAUCACACUCUAUGAGAUCAACUACAAGGCCGUUGGCUCCCUGGACCCAAGUGCCGACCUCUCCAGCCAGCGGGGGAAGGUCUUCAAGCUGCGGAAUGAAACCCACCACCUCUUUGUGGGGCUGUACCCGGGCACCACCUACUCCUUCACCAUCAAAGCCAGUACAGCCAAGGGCUUCGGACCCCCUGUCACCACUAGGAUUGCCACCAAAAUUUCAGCUCCGUCGAUGCCUGAAUACGACACCGACACCCCACUGAAUGAGACGGACACGACCAUCACAGUGAUGCUGAAGCCCGCUCAGUCACGGGGAGCCCCUGUCAGUGUUUAUCAGCUGGUUGUCAAGGAAGAGCGACUUCAGAAGUCACGAAGGGCAGCUGACAUCAUUGAGUGCUUUUCGGUACCUGUGAGCUACAGGAAUGCCUCCAGCCUUGAUUCUCUACACUACUUUGCCGCUGAAUUGAAGCCCGCCAACCUGCCUGUCACCCAGCCAUUUACAGUGGGUGACAAUAAGACAUACAAUGGAUACUGGAACCCUCCUCUUUCCCCUCUGAAAAGCUACAGCAUCUACUUCCAGGCACUCAGCAAAGCAAAUGGAGAGACCAAAAUCAACUGCGUUCGCCUGGCUACAAAAGCACCAAUGGGCAGCGCCCAGGUGACCCCGGGGACUCCACUCUGCCUCCUCACCACAGGUGCCUCCACUCAGAAUUCUAACACUGUGGAGCCAGAGAAGCAGGUGGACAACACCGUGAAGAUGGCUGGUGUAAUCGCUGGCCUCCUGAUGUUCAUCAUCAUUCUCCUGGGUGUCAUGCUCACCAUCAAGAGGAGAAGAAAUGCUUAUUCCUACUCCUAUUACUUGAAGCUGGCCAAGAAGCAGAAGGAGACACAGAGUGGAGCCCAGAGGGAGAUGGGACCUGUGGCCUCAGCCGACAAACCCACCACCAAGCUCAGCACCAGCCGCAACGAUGAAGGCUUCUCCUCUAGCUCUCAGGAUGUUAAUGGAUUCACAGAUGGCAGCCGUGGGGAGCUGUCCCAGCCUACCCUCACCAUCCAGACUCACCCCUACCGGGCUUGCGACCCCGUGGAGAUGAGCUAUCCCCGGGACCAGUUCCAGCCUGCCAUCCGGGUGGCCGACCUGCUCCAGCACAUCACCCAGAUGAAGAGAGGCCAGGGCUACGGGUUCAAGGAGGAAUAUGAGGCUUUACCAGAGGGGCAGACGGCUUCGUGGGACACAGCCAAAGAGGAUGGAAACCGCAAUAAGAAUCGAUACGGAAACAUCAUAUCCUAUGACCAUUCCCGGGUGAGGCUGCUGGUGCUGGAUGGAGAUCCGCAUUCUGACUACAUCAACGCCAACUACAUUGAUGGAUAUCAUCGACCUCGGCACUACAUUGCAACGCAGGGUCCGAUGCAGGAGACUGUCAAGGACUUUUGGAGAAUGAUCUGGCAGGAGAACUCGGCCAGCAUCGUCAUGGUCACGAACCUCGUGGAAGUGGGCAGGCACCCAGCGGAACACACUGUGGGAAAUGCCACUCUAGGCCGCGCGGCGUCCCCCGGAAUGGUGAAGUGUGUGCGAUACUGGCCGGAUGACACGGAGGUCUACGGGGACAUUAAAGUCAGCCUGAUUGAGACUGAGCCCCUGGCCGAGUACGUCAUACGCACCUUCACCGUCCAAAAGAAAGGCUACCACGAGAUCCGGGAGCUCCGCCUCUUCCACUUCACCAGCUGGCCCGACCAUGGUGUCCCCUGCUAUGCCACCGGCCUCCUGGGCUUCGUGCGCCAGGUCAAGUUCCUGAACCCCCCUGAAGCCGGGCCCAUAGUGGUCCACUGCAGUGCUGGAGCCGGGAGGACCGGCUGCUUCAUCGCCAUCGACACCAUGCUCGACAUGGCAGAGAACGAGGGGGUAGUGGACAUCUUCAACUGUGUGCGUGAGCUCCGGGCCCAGAGGGUCAACCUGGUACAGACGGAGGAACAGUACGUGUUCGUGCAUGACGCCAUCCUGGAAGCGUGCCUGUGCGGCAACACCGCCAUCCCCGUGUGCGAGUUCCGCUCUCUCUACUACAACAUCAGCAGGCUGGACCCCCAGACCAACUCCAGCCAGAUCAAAGACGAAUUUCAGACCCUCAACAUCGUGACCCCCCGAGUCCGGCCCGAGGACUGCAGCAUUGGGCUCCUGCCUCGGAAUCACGAUAAGAACCGGAGCAUGGAUGUCUUGCCUCUGGACCGCUGCCUGCCCUUCCUUAUCUCGGUGGACGGAGAGCCCAGCAACUACGUCAAUGCCGCACUGAUGGACAGCCACAAGCAGCCUGCUGCCUUCGUGGUCACCCAGCACCCUCUCCCCAACACCGUGGCAGACUUCUGGAGGCUGGUGUUCGACUACAACUGCUCCUCCGUGGUGAUGCUGAAUGAGAUGGACACCGCCCAGCUCUGUAUGCAGUACUGGCCUGAGAAGACGUCUGGGUGCUACGGGCCCAUCCAGGUGGAGUUCGUGUCCGCAGACAUCGACGAGGACAUCAUCCACAGAAUAUUCCGCAUCUGUAACAUGGCCCGGCCUCAGGAUGGGUACCGGAUAGUCCAGCACCUGCAGUACAUCGGCUGGCCGGCCUACCGGGACACACCCCCCUCCAAGCGCUCUCUGCUCAAAGUGGUCCGACGGCUGGAGAAGUGGCAGGAGCAGUACGACGGGAGGGAGGGGCGCACUGUGGUCCACUGCCUAAAUGGGGGCGGCCGCAGUGGAACCUUCUGUGCCAUCUGCAGCGUGUGUGAGAUGAUCCAGCAGCAAAACAUCAUCGACGUGUUCCACAUCGUGAAAACACUGCGGAACAACAAAUCCAACAUGGUGGAGACCCUGGAACAGUAUAAAUUUGUAUACGAGGCAGCACUGGAAUAUUUAAGCUCCUUUUAGCCUGACGGGAUGGGGAGCCUGCGGGAGCCCAGAGGCUGCAGCAGCCACGCCCCCUUUUCUGUGAAUGGCAGUGACUGGGCUCAGGGCCUAAGACGCGGCACCCUGCCCAACUCCAAGGAGAAUGCUGGUUGUCCCAUGCCCCGUGGUGGGCUCUGCACCUUCCGAGGGGUCUCCUGUAGCUGCUCUGAAAGGCCCAGGCUCCCCUUCCACACUCAACCAGCUGAGGCCACCAGCCCAUGCAGAAGUGCGCCCAUGGCAAGGCCCCGGAUUUUCCCGUUCCCAGACCUCCUGCUUUUGCUCUUUUCAAGUUUGUGAAUCUCCUGGCAAGCCGACUAUGUGAGUGUUGGGGAGUGAGAGCUUCAGCAGCACCUCUCUGCCCUCCUCAGCAGCACCUCCCUACCCCUGGGGGUAGAGGGGCUGUGUGUUCUACUCCUCCAUGCUGUCGCAGAAAUGACUGGGCUCUUGGGGUGGGGGGUGGGGGUCCCUGCUCUGCUGCCCCUUGUAGUGUCCUUCAGGGAUCUCGGGAACUGGACACCUGCCAGUCUGGAUCAGUGUGAAACUCGGGAUGCUCCCGAGACCACAGUGGAGGCCCCCUUUUUCACACCUAACCUGCAUGGGGCUUGGCCCAAUACCGUUCUGUAUCCCACGGCUAGCCCAGGCCUUGACCUGUCAUUCACUGGCCAGCCCACUGUGUCCACAGCCUUUGGUCAAGGUUCUUUUUGCUUUUUUGUAAUCAGUGGGAAGGGGGAGCGUGGGAUUUUGCUAUUCUUCCAUGUCCUCAUCGUGAAAAGGAACCAUCUCUCUGGGGCAGGGCUCUGGCUAACCUUGUGUGUUUUGGAUGGUGGGUGAUUUGAUUAUUUUCCAAAGCGUGUAUGAAAAGAAACUUUCUUUUGGGGGUGUAAAAUCUUAGUCUGUUAUGUCAAAAUAAAAGGGGGAGGGAAGUUCAGAUGUGUCACUCUAAGACAAAUCUCUCAGACCUGUCAUCUUUCCUGGCAAUGUCCUUAAAAGAUUCCCUCUCCCCCAACUCCCAGCCCAGAACAGCACUGCCAUUGAGCAAGGGUGACAGGCUAAUCUGAGGACAGUCCCAUCAGCUUCUGGGACAUAUAAAAUACCAGCUUUGUGCAUCAUCUUGAAUCUCCAAAUUUGAACUCCCUCCUACAGAACUCCCUAGCUGCCAUCGUGAGAAAGGCCACAGUGGACCCAGGUGUCCUUUGGUUUAAAACAGGCCAAGGAGAUCACACCGCAGAUCUAGGAUCUUAUCCAAAGUAUGGGUGAGUCAGUGACAGGGAACCAGCAUCUGCUAAGCACCUACUGUAGGCUUGGCACAUUCCAUAUGACAUUUCACGUGGUCUAGACCCCCUUGAGAGGACUACCAACCUGUCAUCUCCACUUCACAAUAGGAGAAACUGAGGCAUCUCGCUCCAUGAUGAAAUUCUGGGUUCCGAAAAGGCAGACAUUGGUGAUAAGACUUCUUCAUACCGUUGUCUUCAUCUUUCUCAGCAAAGCAGUUAUUUUACAGAAGGGAAAAUAAGGCUAGAAACUUCCAAGCAGAGAACUCCACAGUGGAAAUUGAAUUCUUUCUUUCUGAUGUGAGUUCUUCUGGGAAGCCUAGACUUUCAGAUGCAUUUCAAUAACUCCUUCCCGGCUCCCCAGGAAAGCUAGUCCCUUCUCAUUUCUCUGCCAGUAAAAACAGCUGCCUGUUCCCUCUGUCUGUGAGGUCUGCUGGCCAGGGUCAUACUCCCUACCUUGGUCUCUACUAGGGGCUCAAGCACAGUAUCUGACUGCCUCGGGGUGGUCUGGGAUCCAGGAAGCUCCACUUGGAAGCUGGUCUAGCCCCAGACAGGGGAUGAGGAGCACAGAAUUCAAUAAGGCACAGUAUUUGCACGUACUGGGGAGAUUGUCGCCCAGUGCCAAGGUGGUAGAGCACACAAGUAUUACAGGAAGCUGGGAGCAAGACUCUGCCUGCCUGGGCUUCGUAGGGGAGAUGGCAUCUAUCCCAGCAAGGUCUCAACAGGUAAGAGAAGGAAAGAAAGGAAAUCAGUCCAAGGGAUCAGGAUGUACAGUGGCACAGAGGUGUGACAAGUCCUUGGGCUGGGUUUUUACCCUUUACAAGAACGGGUCUUGGGCCACUUUACAAGCGAUGAAACUAAGGCUCAUGACGGGGAUAUCGUCCCAAAGAUUCCACAUGGCACGCAUGUGGCAGGGCCUGGAUGAGAUUGGGCUGGGGGCAGGGGGCAGGCAGUAGGGUGGGCCGUGAGCCCAGCCCGAGCACAGCACCGCAGGAGAGGUGGCCGAUGAGUAAGGUCUGGGAGAAGAGAGCCUACCUGGAGUACAGACCACCCGUGUGGACCACAGGGGGCGAGCCAAGCUCCUGAGUGAUGGGCUCGACUCCGUGUUAGAGAGACACUCUCGGGUCCCAGUGGGGCUGCCUCUCCUCUUUCAUCAGACACUGUGAAGACAUUCCCUGAAGUGCGUGCUUUUUAAUAUCACAUCUAUGUGUCUGUCUGCUCAUUGUUUUGUUGCUGGAACAAAAUACGCAACGGGUCAUGAGACCCGGCUUCUGUGAGACACUCAGGAUCUCUGCUCUACCGUGGAGCAGGGUGGCUGGCCUGGGCCUCCAGACCCAUGAGGCUGGGACAUGAAAAGAAGCUCGCAGAAGCUGUUGCCUUUGGCCUGGGUUCUGGAGCUGUCUGGAAGUCCAGGGACACCAGACUCGAUCACGGAAGGGCUGUCACUUUGGAAGUUCCAAAGGAAGCAUCUCAAAGGGAAGGAAGGCAAAGGAGCCCACCUCCCCACGCCCCACCCCCCCACCCCCCAGCCGGGAACUCACUCUUCUCCUUCCUAGGUCCCUUCCCUGGUAGGCUUGAGCAGGUCCCCCGGCUCCAGUCCACAGCUCCAGCUACCCCUCGUGCCGCCUGCAAGGAAGCGGUAGCAGAGCAGAUCAGCCCGUCAUCUUCUCUUUUCUCAGAUCCUGGCUCAUCCAUGCAGAAUGGGGGAGGGGAGCUAGCCAACACAAAGCCUCAGACUGAUUCUGCUCCAGAAGGGGUGACAGAGCUGGCACAUGGAAAUGACACUAGCUUCUAUCAUUUCAAAUGGUGAGAAUCCAAAAUGGGACUUCAGGGAGAAGGGAAAUCAUAAAAACUCAGGCCAUGGUGGGGUACAUGACCCAACCGGGGCCAGCGAUGGAUCCCCAGUGAAAUCCCCCAUUUCCUCAACACCCAGCCACUCUCCAAAGCAGGCAGGGUGGCGAAGGGGUCUUGGGCCACUUUACAAGGGAUGAAACUAAGGCUCAUGCCGGGAAUAUCGUCCCAAAGAUUCCACAUGGCACGCAUGUGGCAGGGCCUGGAUGAGAUGGGGUAAUGGUGCCCUGGAAUUUGGGCUUGAUCCAGUCCUUGGGAAACAAGAACAAACACCACCUCCCCCAAGCUGUCUUCCCACCCCAGCACACUUAGAGGGCUGUCUUCCAGAAGGCCGAGGAAAAUCGUAUCUGUGCUCUCUGAGCUUCUAGAACAGGAGCCAGCCUUUCGUCUCCAGGGUGCCCAAGAGAGCAUCCCCACUUAGGACAGAGCCUCCUGGUGACCUAGUUAUGGACCCUGUUCAGAGAUGUGAGGGACCCUCGCCAGUCUGCAUGUGUUUGUGGCCUAGAAGGCUUCAGGAAGAAUCUUGGCUGUGCCUCCAUGCGUACCCUUUCACAACCGCCCGGGCCUCUGGAUGACCACAGCACACCCCCCUUCAUGGGGACAGAAGGAUCCAGUGACUUUUCCCGCCGGCCCUCCCUUGGCAUGUGGCCUGAGCAACGGCCUCCCAAAUGGCAGCCUUCCCACGGAACCAGGGGAGUUGAGUGUGUUGAGGACACUAACCAGUGAGCUCACCCAAUUCUUCCUGCAUCCCUACGAAGUGUUUGUGAUUGUCACCAUUUUACAGAUGAGGAAACGGAGGCUCAGAGAGGAGAAAUCCAUUGCCCACAGCUCCCCAGUUAAGUGACCAGGGGAGCCAGGAAUUCAAUUCCUUCUGACUUCAAAAACCAGAUUUUUGUCUCAGAUUUUCCCACGUGUCUACCUGUAAUGGCAAAGGGUAGAGUGGAACAGAAACCCAGUGGGUCUCGUAAAGCCCAAAGCAGACAAGCUUAAAAUUCCUUCGCAGUUUCUUGUUCUACUUUGACAACUCAUGCAAGACUUGCAUGCCACUCUAAUUUACCUGAUUUGUUUUAAUAGGACUAUUUUUUAAAUGAUGUGCCCUGGUCCUUCCAGUGAUUUUGGUCCCCCCAACUCCCUAUGACAGACCCUAGGGAAUCAUAUCCCAGUCAGAGAGGCAUGGUGUCUGGCCAUACUGCUUCCUCCUGAGACCAGUUCCAAACUCAGGCUCAAGACCAGCUCAGCUUUCCUUAGAAAGAUGCUUUGGUGUGGAAGUACCAUGAUCUCACUGUUCAUGGGUUGAUCUUGACUCCAGUUUCUUCCAAUUUGAUGCUGGAAGGAACCCACUGGCGUAGCCUGGAAUGUUGACGAUGUUCCCAUCUGGCAUGGUGAAGGCUGAGCCUAUAAUGCCCUAAAGGAAAAGGAGAAGAUGUACACAGCUUUUCUGAGCAGAUUUCUGAAUGCUGGGGCUUCUAGAAGCUGAUGCCCUUUGUCUAGGAGGAGUCACAUGGUUGCUAAUAGGGACAAAUCUCAGGACAUGCUUUACAUGAGGGGCUGGGGUCCAGAAGGCUCCUCACUUUACUUCAAUUACAUGUACCUACCUACUGGGUUCCUGCAACAGGCCAGGGCCCCGGAAGGGGUACUUCCAGGAAGCACAGGUUAUCAUGGCCCAGUUCAUCCCUUGGCGAGGCAAUCCUAAGUUCACAUGUCAGCUUGGCCAUUUCUUAGCUAUACAAGGUUGGGCCAACCAAUUAAUGGAAAAAGAUGUGAAAAAAGCAGCUUUGGCCAGGUAGAAGGCAUAGAUUUGGAGAGCUUUGGGCAAGAAAACAGGAAGGCAAGGCCAAGAAGUUGGGACCCAACAGAAAUGUUCAAGAAUGCACACAGACUACAAGGCAAAGUGGUCACUUCUGUGGCCCAGCAGGAUGGGGACGGGGAAGGCUGGCCAGGACCACUGGAAGCAAGGAUGUUGCUUUAGAACAAGUCUCGAUAUCCUGGAGAAAAGAUGAUAAUUUUCCCUCUGACCAAUCAAAUCAUAUCUAAUCAUCAUCUGUUCACCAUUGCUAAGCUAGCUCUUGUUGUAUGUUCUCGUGAGGAUCCACUUUCCUUCGCUCUGGUAUGAAUCCCCAUUGUGUGCAUGUAGGUAUCAGUCUAGUCAGGCGGUUGCAGGCAGAAGUGAGGCCCCGAGGGGCAUAGCCAGGUGCUCACCAUGUCAUCUCAGCAGGAGUAACUGCCCUACCCAGACACAGAGACACAGGAGGAGACACUAAUUUUCCUACACCUCAUUGCCGUAGAACAGAGUGAAGAAAGCCACCCUCCUUGAGUCUGUACCUGGCCACCCCUGGGCUAGACAGACAGGCCAUCAGCACCCAGCUAAGUCAACAGGAAUGCCAUGGGAGACACAAACCAGUCCAAGAGUAAGAGGAGCAGGAUGCUAACAGAUUGUGCUGGGCCAGAGCUGUGAGGACCAACAGUCAACCCCAGCUGCAGGGCACACCAGAAGAUGAGCCAUGAGUCCCAUGGAUGGCCAUUUCAUCUCCAAGCCCUGACCUGCCUUCCCCAUCAUCCAACUAGUCUGAGUUCCUUCUCAGCUGAUGCCAACAACAAAUCAUAGCCCCAUAAAAUAGGAAAAAGACAAAGGGACUCCAACUAGAGAUGAGAGGAGACUCAUCCUUGUUCCUGUAUUCCCAUGCAAGGGUUCAAACUUGGAGGUUCUCCACGUCUACAUAACUAAAAGGGAUAAAAUUUGUGGUACUGGUGUCACCUGGCAGGGAUCUGCCUUUGAGGGCAUAUACAAUCUGAGCAGCAGGGACAACGUCCAUGGCAAAGAGUGGAGGGGGCCAUUGUAUUCAUUUCCUCUGAUGCAUAUGUCAGGACAUGACCAGCAGAAGCACAGCAGAGAUGUCUAAGCCAUAUUAAUGCACACAAGAAGACUUUCUUCUGGUUUUCUGGUAACCAGAGAUAGACUUUUGCAUACCACUGGCUAUGAAGCUAUCCUGUAGAGACCAAAUCCAACUCUUGCACCCCUCCUGCCUUCAUAAAAGAUGGGACCAGGUCAUCAAAAGGGCCACAUUCACCCCCCAUGAAAUCCACUCAUAAACUGUAGGUCCCCAAGACGUGGAAUCAGCAUCCACAGUGGUAGACAGCAUGCCUGGCGUCCUGGCUAUCUAAGAGCACUGAGGCUGAUACAAGGGAUGUGAGAGAGCUCAGGAUGAGUCUGUAGGGAAGACCUUUUGGGGCUGGACACCAUGGAACUCGGUGCUGCUCUGGGGGAUGGGAUUUGGACCCUGAUCCUUGGCUGGGAUGUUCAGAGAAUGAGAGUCUGCAGGCGGUAGAGCACUGGACAGGAGGGUAUUGGUGUGCAAGCCUGGAGUUCAGGGUAAUUCAUAUAAUUCAUGGUUCCUUCAUGAGUGGAGCUCAGAUUUGGGGGAGGAAGGGGAAUGUGAAAUAACCUGCCAAUAGUACACAACCGCAUCCCUGAAAGCUUCAGGUAUCCAGAAGCCCAACCUACUUCAGUAUCCAGUAUUCUGGAUACAAAUGCAUAGACGUCCUGUGGGAUGAUCUGACAAGCUCUCAGUGCUCACCAUGCCCUUGCCCCUCCCACAGAAGAUCAGUAAUGGAAGGUAUUCCUUGGGUCAAAGCCCCAGGGCAGUCUGGAGGCUCAGAGGGCCAAGCAGUGUCAUCCCAGGUCAAAUCAGAUUUCCAAAGGGUCAGGCAGAAUGCUAGUGCCCAUAUGCCUAGAGGUCAUUGGACAAAUUCAAGCACAGUUUGCUUGUCCCUGGUCACUCUUUUGAGUGGAAUUAGGAUCAAUGCAUAAAGCUUGAUGACUGUAAGGAAGAACUUGCUGUGUGCCAGAGAGGAUGAGCUGCCCAUCUCAGCAGUGGUCCAGCAGAGGCCAGACUUUAAAGGGAAGAAAGAACAUUGCUGAGAUGACCUUAACUCUCCUCCACCCUAGAUGAGUGAUUUGUUUGGGAGAUGGGACUGUAUUUGAACUCCGUCAUUCCUAUAGAGCACAAAGCCAAGGUUGUGCUUGGUCUGUGUGGGUUGAAAUCCCCUACUCUCCUGCCCAACCAAGUCUUCCGACCAUGCAAGCCAAGACACUGCUCUGGCCCCCUAUCCAGCCUUCAUCCAGGCUAGUUAUCACCAAGAACUCCAGAAAGACCAGCUACUUUGCCAUAGACUAAAUGCCCAAGAUCUGGGAUGAGACCAACCCCAGGUCAGGCCCACUGGCCAUCAGGGACAGCCAGAACUAGUAAAGGUUCAAGCAGGACCCAGAGCAGAGCUUUGCUUACCACACACAGUAUCUGCAGAGGUCACUUCUCCCCACUCCCCGGUCGAGGCCUCUUGGAGCAGACUGCAAAGGCAAAAAGCACAGGGACUCUAUUGGCAUGUAAUUAUACUCAUCCCCAGGGCAUCCGUUUCCUUGCCAGGGGGAUCCUGGGCUAGCCCCGGUGAAUCCAGGCUACCCCAUGUUGGCAGUCAGACUCAAAAGCACUUUUCUACCCUCUGUUUUCACCCGCCAUCAAACUAGCCAACAAAAGGCAAAGAGUCAGGGCUUCUAACAUCGCCUUGGCUACUGGACACCAUCAUCGCCCUCUAAGGGCCCUCAUGGGGUUCCCACUCGACUCUAGGGAGACUGACAUCGUCACAUCCACUGGGCAUAUGAUACUGCAUGAGACCAAAGUCUCCACACUGUUUGCAGCCUUCUCCGUGAAUCCCAAUGGCCUGCGCUUGUACAGUUUGGGUGUUUGAUAGAUAAAGCACGUAUGAGAAGAGAAAACACAAUAAAUCAACUUUAAAAAAAAAAAAAAAAGCCAGCACUGUGCUGUCUAUGUUCUUGUUUUCUUUUCUUUUCUUUUUCCUUUCCAGUUCUAGCUUAAAAAAGCAGAAGGUAAAUAAUGUCAGGUCAAUGAAUAUCAGAUAUAUUUUUUGACUGUACAUUACAGUGACGUGUAAUCUUUUUACACUGGCAAGUCCAUCUUAUUUAUUCUUGUAAAUGUUCCCUGACAAUGUUUGUAAUAUGGCUGUGUUGAAAAUCUAUACAAUAAACCUGUGACCCUGA